AUGCCGCUACCCAUGCAGCGAAGGCGGAUCGUUCCCCCCCUUACACUCCGGGUUUGCCGUGAGUCCCGGGAGGCAGAGCACGGAGCCGUCGGGGAGAGCCGGCUCCCGCCAGCCCGGCGAGGCUGCUCGAGGGCUGGCGGGGAGGGGACAACCGGUGGCGGCCCGUCGAGUGUCCGUUCCGCGGGGCUGCUCUGGCCCGGGAGUGUGGGAGCGGCGGGCGGGUACGCACCGCCUCCGUGCCCGCGGGGGUGCCCCCGGGUACGGGAUGGGGGCCGGGCGGGCGGGCUGCGGGCCGGGCCCGGCGCUGACAGCCUUCGCUCUCUGCCUCCUCCCAGCGCCGCAGAGAUGCGAGGGGCGAAGAGACGCCAGGCGCUGCCCGCCAUCGUGCUCCUGCUGCUUGCCUCAGCACCGCCGCCGCCGGGUGCCGAGGGCAGGGACGUGCCCGCCGCCGAAGCCGAGCGGGGAACGCUCCUCGACCUCCUCCUCCAAGCUCUGGGGGACGGCGACCGCCCGCUGCCGCCCCGCCCGCCGCGGCGGGACCGGGUGAUCUCCCGGCGGUACAGCAGCGGCGGCGGUGCCCCGCCGACGGACCCCCGCUCCAUCGCCGCUGCUCCCCGGCCACCCCCAGCCGGCGCCGCCGCGGCCCCGCCGCCGCCCCGGCUCUUCGCCCCUGCCCGCCACGGAGAAAUUUUUCCAAGAGAUUCCAGUCUAAAAGACAAAUUCAUAAAACAUUUUACAGGGCCAGUCACAUUUUCCUCAGAGUGUAGCAAGCACUUCCAUCGACUAUAUCACAACACAAGGGACUGCUCAACGCCAGCUUAUUAUAAAAGGUGUGCAAGGUUGCUAACAAGAUUAGCAAUGAGCCCUUUGUGUACACAGUCCUAG